AUGAGUUCGCGAGCUCGCAGCAAGCCUUUGGCUGUCGCCGUCGUUGUCGGCUCUAUCGCGACACUGGGCUAUAUGUACGUCGCGGGCACGCAAUCGAAGAGGGCGGAGGGACAGUCGUCUAUCUACAAGGAAAGCCAGGGUGCUAGCAAACUCGGCAACGACUCGAGCGACGCUCGGCUUGGCUCUGCAGGCGUCCGCGCGGCCGUGCAGGGAGACAAAGGAUCGUGA